CUCCGUCCUGACAGCUGGGAAGUCAGCUCUCUGGUACGGAGGACUCCAUUUCCCAGAAUGCCUCCGUCCUGACAGCAGGCAAGUCUUGGCCCUCCCCUAUGGAGGACUCCAUUUCCCAGAAUGCCUGUUUCCGGACGUCUCCCUAGUAUUGCCUCCUUCCCCAGGUGGCAGGUUCUAGGCAUGCUGGGAAUCGCCAUUGGCCCCUCUUAGUUCCUGGAGGGCGCGCGGUUGUUGCUCCCGGAGCUUUGCUUUGCUGGGUGCACACAGAGGAAGUCUCCCUGCCUCAGGCUGCCACCCCCUGAAGCACCCCAGGGUGGCCCUGCAGACAGCCUGCAGCAGAGGGAAUGGCCCCCGGGAUCCCGAGGCCCCCCUCCCAGGGGUUAAUAACCUUCAAAGAUGUGGCUAUGGACUUCCCUCAGGAGGAGUGGUGCCUGUUGGACCAUUCCCAGAAAGAGCUGUACCUGGAGGUCAUGCUAGAGAAUGUGCAGAAUCUACUCUCUGUGGGGCUUCCAGUUCUUAGAGAAGAUUUUAUCUCGUGUUUUCAGCAAGGGGAAGCACCAUGGCUGCUAGAGCAAAAAGGCCCAGGUUGUUCCUCUCCAGCAGAGACUAAUUUUGAAGUAAAGGAGAUGUCUACCAAGCUGAGCCUUUUGGUGGAAGAAUCUGGCUCCCAAAGUUGCAUGAAUGAGGGUCCCUGUGACUUCAUUUUGAAAGAAAUCUGUGAUUCUAAUAUCAAGGGAAAUAAGAAUCCAAAGAGUUAUUGUGAAUUUGAUGAAACUGCAGAGAAAUUCAGCCAAUAUUCAGUCCUAAAUCAGUAUAUGAAGUUGACUUCAGGAAAUGACUGUUGUCAAGAUAUUGAAUAUAACAAAUACUUUCUUGAAGAAGUAGGACUUGUUCAGUUGCCUGAGAAACCUCCUGUAAUGCCCCUGUAUCAAUGUAACCUAGGGGGAAUGGCCUUUGACUGGAGUUUAGACCUCAUUAGACAUCCAAAAAAUAAACAUAUAGAGAUGGUAGAGAGUAACAAAGAUGGGAGAUCAUUCAGUCAGAUCUCUGAGCUUGGUUCACAGCAAAUAAUCCACUGUGGAGAGAAACCUUUUGAAUGUAAACAGUGUGGAAAGACUUUUACACAAAGGUGCAAUCUUGCUAUACAUCAGAGAAUCCACACUGGAGAGAAACCUUAUAAAUGUAAACACUGUGGAAAGGCUUUCACACAGAGGAGCCAUCUUGCUGCACAUCAGAGAAUCCACACUGGAGAGAAACCUUAUGAAUGUAAACACUGUGGAAAGGCUUUUACAAUGAGGGGCAAUCUUGUUGCACAUCAGAGAGUCCAUACCGGAGAGAAACCCUAUGAAUGUAGACACUGUGGAAAGGCUUUCAAACAGAGUGGCAGUCUUGCUAAACAUCAGAUAACCCACACUGGAGAGAAGCCGUAUAAAUGUGAACAUUGUGGAAAGGCUUUCACACGGAGGGGUCAUCUUGCUACGCAUCAGAGAAUCCACACUGGAGAGAAGCCUUAUGAAUGUAAACAAUGUGGAAAGGCUUUUAUAGAGAGGGGUUCUCUUGUUACACAUCAGAAGAUCCACACUGGAGAGAAACCUUAUGAAUGUAAACACUGUGGAAAGGCUUUUACUCGGAGGUGUGAUCUUGCUGCACAUCAUACAAUACAUACUGGAGUGAAACCUUAUGAAUGUAAACAGUGUGGAAAGGCUUUCACACUGAGGAGUAAUCUUGCUGCACAUCAUAGAAUCCACACUGGAGAAAAACCUUAUGAAUGUAAACAAUGUGGAAAAGGUUUCACACUGAGGAGUAAUCUUGCUGCCCAUCAAAGAGUUCACACUGGAGAGAAACCUUAUGAAUGUAAACAAUGUGGAAAGGCUUUCACACAGAGUUCAGGUCUUGCUGCACAUCAGAAAAUCCACACUGGAGAGAAACCUUAUGAAUAUAAACAUUUUGGGAAAACUUUCACAGUGAGGAGUAAUCUUGCUAAGCAUCAGAGCAUCCACAUAGGAGAGAAACUUAAUCAGUUUAGAUUGGUUUUCACAUGAAACUCCACAGUUGCUUCACAUCAGAAAAUGUUCACUGGAGGGAAACCCAAUUAGUGAGACUGAGCUUAUAGUUGCCAUUUUUAGAUUAUUUAACUUAAGAGGAUCCACAUUAGAGGAAAAACUUUGGGAAUACAAUCAUCUCUUAUUCCUUUUGGAUCCUAGAUUUAGAAUAGAAUCCUAGAAUUCCUUUUGGAUAAAAAUCUUAUUACUGUCAUGAAUAAUGAUGGAUACUGAAAUGAAGAGUCCAGAGCUUAUUUAGUAGGACAAAAUGUCUUCUGAACAGACUAGUCCUAGAUGGAUUCCCUGUUGGAAUACUUUCAGUGAGAGAUCCUCUCUUUAUUUCAGUGGGUUUAUAGUGUAGAAAAACCCAAUGAAUGUGUACUAGUUGUAUGUGUUUUCCUCAGGAGGAUGGUGAUCACUAUUAUUUAGAGAAAUGUAACUUCUAAUAAGUCUGAGCGACCACCCAACAUCAAUUCCAUAGAAGGAAUAGUAUGGGAAAAUAUUUUAUAGUAUUACACAGGCAAAAUCUAUAAUGAAAUUUCUUAAUAGCUUUUGCGCAUGAGGGAAAAAAUCCCAAGGCUAAAUUUUUUUUUAAUGUUGGAUAUUGUUUUUACACAUAAUCAUGAAAAAAAAUAAAAUAUGAAAUGAUGGAGAAGAGUUCUAUGAUCAGUAGUGAACAAUAUUCUUUUUGGAAUGAAGGGGUGUACAGAGAACAAUUAUACAGGAAGGGCUUCAAUUAGAGCUCAUACUUGACUAAACACUGGACACAUUAUGGUGGAGAUAAGAUUAAACAUCUAAUUCACUAGGGAAUGCUUUUUGCUGUAGUAAAGAUUUUAUUAGACUGUCCUUCAUACUGUGCAUAAAAUACUAUGAAUAGGACUUUUUCUCUGACAUCCUAAAGCUUGCAAAUCUUUGUCACUAUUUGACAGCAUUUAUCUGUUUCAGCUUUUUAGCCAUUCCCUGGUUGUCACUCAGUUGUUUACUGUUUUUUGCUGACACAUACAGAUCUUACCAAACAAAUUAAGAGUGCAUGGGGAAGAUGUGGAAGGGAUACAGGACCUGAGCCUUACUGUUCAGUCCAAGGACUCAGACUCAUGAUGCAGUUGGCUAAUUUCUGUGUCUGAGCAGAAAUCCAACUCCUCUGAUGAAGUAAUAAUGGAGGACUUGAGGUCUCCAUGUCCACCUUUUCUCUCAAAAUACCAACUAAUAGGGGGCAGCUGGGUGGCUCAGUGGAUUGAGAGUCAGGCCUAGAGAUGGGAGGUCCUGGGUUCAAAUCUGACCUCAGACACUUCCCAGCUGUGUGACCCUGGGCAAGUCAUUUGACUCCCAUUGCCUAUCCCUUACCACUCUUCUGCCUUGGAGACAAUACACAGUAUUGACUCCAAGACGGAAGGUAAGGAUUUAAAAAAAAAACAACUAAUGGGAACUCGGGGGACUUCCUAAGAAUAAGCUGUCAAUCAAAAAAGAAACAGGACAUAACUCCCUUUAUAAAUAAGAGGCAAGGCACCCUCUUCUGGGGACAAUGGUGAAGGAAACAUUUUGCUUAUGGGAAUCAAAUGACCCCCAUUGAAAAACCAUAUUAUCCUUGAAGAAAUAGCCUCAUUUUCUUUGUUAAAAUCUGGAUGCUGCACAGUAUAACAUAUCUAUGAGAUGAGAAAAGCCCUAAUUACUCAUGAUAAUUACUUUCCCUCUAAUUGGAGAGUCAUUAUAAUGGAGAAGGGGAUAAGAAUUUCACUAGAUCUUGGAGCUCUCAAGGAAACAAGGAGAUUUAAGUAGAUCUUUUUAAUUUUCUCCUUUCAAAUAUAGGCAAAUAAAUAGCUGAUUUGAGUAAAUAUUUUAACAUCAGUAUCAUACAAUAUUAAAUGAUACAAUAUUAUACAUUGUAUUAUAUUGUCAUAUUUUAAAAGACUGUUAUAUAAUACUAGAUUAUAGUAUUAUAACCAAUAUAUAACAUCAGUUCAUGAAAACCCAAAUUAUUUCCAUAAGGGAUAGUUAAAUAACUUCAGAAUAAAACAUAAUGCUUAAGGAUUAGAUAUAUAACUGAAAUUAGAAUUAAAAUUCGUUAAAUGAUGCUUGGUAUAAUUAAAAUACAGGGUCAGUGGGCUGAUAAAGGUGCUAGGUUCAAGUCUGACCUAAGAUGCUUUUCUAGCUGUGACCCUAGGCAAGUCACUUAACCCCAUUGCCUAGCCCUUACGAAUUGUGUCUUGGAACCAAUAUACAGUAUUUAUCCCAAGAAGCAAAGUAAGGAUUUAAAAGAUAAUGAUAGCAAUAAUAAGGAUUAACAUUUGUAUAGUGUUUGCCAUAAACCAAUAGGAUAUUAAACCUUUUAGGUGCUAAUAUUACCAUAUUACCUUUUAGAUAACUGAAAUCCCAUGGCUAGUAAAUUAUACCGACUGGCAAAAUCAUUGCAUUUCCCAGCAUUAUUGUUCUUCCUCAAAACUGUUAGCAUUUAAAAAGAAGGAAAGGAUCUCAUUUUAUCAAUACUCAAUUUCAGAAUUCCUAGCUAACUAUAACCUUAUCCCAAUUUCCUUUCAAAGAACUGGAUCAAUUUUUUCCCUGCCCAAAGGCCUAAUCAAAUCUUUUGUGUUCAUUUUAUCCACUCCUAAACCUCUUUCAACCUAUCUUACAGGCUUUCAGGUAAACAGCAUCACAUUUAACCUCCUUGCAGCUCCAGGAGCUGAAAAUUUCCAGCUUCAGUUUUACAAAGAGAAACCACAUGAAGUUUUACUACAUGAAAACUAUACCUGUCCUUCUUCAUAGCUUGAUCUGAGCUUUCCCUUAUCAAUCACAUCCCAAGUUGUUUAUGAAAGUAAUCCUUCUAUUUCACUGAUUCUUGUGUUUAAACCCUUACCUUCUAUCUUAGAAUCAAUACUGUGUAUUGGCUCUAAGGCAGAAGAAUGGUAAGGGUAAGGCAAAGGAGGGGUUAAGGUACUUAUCCAGGGUGACACAACUAGGAAGUGUCAGGCCAGAUUUAAACUCAGGACUUCUCAUCUCUAGGAUUGGAGCUGUAUCCAUUGAACCACCUAGGUGUUCCUACUUCACUAAUUCUUCAUUUCUUUUAUGUUUGCUUAUGGACUGCCUUCCCACAUUUUGGAAGGGAAAGGAGACUCUUAAUUUUAAAGCUUUUUAAGUUCCACUCCAAACUUCCCAAUCUUUUUAGGGAGUUCUUUUCAUUUCUAAAAAUAGCAGCGUUUCUUGGACCAUAUUCUUAGACCAAAAUUCAGAUAGAUUAGUAGACAUUUGUCUAUUAUAACCACAGUGAAACAAAAUAUGUUUAUCAAAAAGAGCAGCUUUUCUAAGGAACCUUUUUAAUCACUGGGUUUACAUGCUACCUAAACAAACAUUUAAUUUUGUAUUAACAGUAUUGGAAAACAUCUACAUAGCUUUACUAAAUUUGUAUUUAUACCUCUUUUUAUUAGGUUAGAUGAGCUUUCUUAUCCUAUGGUUAUUUUGGUUUACAGCCCUAGCAGAAAAGCUUUAAGGAAUUCUAAUCUGAUUCUGGCAAGGCUCAGCCCAUGGGUCCAAAGAACAAAAAGAAAAUGAAGAAAUUGAUUCCUAAUAUGCAUGCUAUUAUGGAGCCCUGAAGAUCAUCAGAACCAGCUUUCAUAUAGUAUUUGAUAAACAUUAUGGGGCAAAGUUCUGUACCAAGUGAAAUUUCUUGUGAAUGAUUUGAUAGGAAGUGAUGACUGUCAGAUACUUAUCUGACUUUGGCUGAAUUUACUUACUGGUUAGAGCUCAAUGUUAGAUUUAAUCCCAUCUAUAAUAGCAUUUCCCAAUACUAUGAAUUAUCACAUUUUUGUUAGUCUAACAAGUUAGUAAACUGAGGUAAUUAGACCUGACAUCUUGGUUUAUUUGUGUUUGUUUUAUUUUCAAAAUCCUUACCUCCUAUUUUAGGAUGAAUACUGUGUAGUGAUAAGGGUUAGACAAUGAGAUUUCAGUACCUUGUUCAGGGUCAUAUAGCUAGGAAGAUUAUGAGGACAGAUUUGAACGCAGGACCUCCCAUCUGUAGGCCUGACUCAUACCCCUGUGUUUCCUGUAUUAUUAUCCAGCAUAUCUCAUCUAGUAUUAGUAAUCUUAGAUUUUCCCAUAGAAAAUUAGUGAAAGUUAGGUGCUUUUCAGGAGAGAGAUACCAAUCUCUCUUUAUGAAGAGUAGAGAGGAGCCCUCUCCAAGCAGUUUUUUAUUUAUAUAUAUCUUUAAUUGUCCUAAUUAGCACUCUUUACUAAUGUGGCCAACUCCCUGCUUCCCCUUCUCUCUUCUUAUUUUGGAUUCCUAAUAGCUCUGACGGUAUUCAGAAGGUUGAAGAGGUUAGAAUUGAGGUGGUGAUGGAAAGUUAACAGCACCAAAGACUCCUGAACCUAAAGUUACCGUCUUCACUCCCUAUCUCGAAUGUUUCAGUCUGAGAGGCCUUGGCCAUGGCUAACUUCUGACUCAAUUUAGAAAUUACAAACUUGAAGAAUGCUCCCUUGAGUUCAAGAACACUGAGAAACUUAAGGAGGGUAGGACAAGAUGAAGAAAAAUAUAACAGACAUUGUAUCAUCCAUAGAUGGAGGCUGCAUGAAAAAGAAGCAUUGUGUUAAUUCUGUGGAAGGGAAUUUUUUUUUAUCUUAACUUAGUCAAGUCUUGGAGUGCUCCACCCUUUUAACUUAGUCAGGAACUUGAGAAUCUCUUUGAUAAAAAAGUUCACAUCCUAGGAGGACAGUAGGUGGAUCCCACAGGCACUGCCCCCUGGACAGUGGCAGGUAAAUUAAGAAACUCUGGUUCCUGAGAUGUGAUAGACACAGUGAAAGGAAGGAGAAACCAGAGACAGGAAGCAAUAUGGGGAAAACUGCUUAUAAAAGUCAGCUGAGGGCAUUCUGCUGUGUUGGUGUCUCUGCAUUGGAGGGAUUCUUCUGUCUUGGAGAUUUAUUCUGUGCUGGUAAGACUCUUGCUGAAGUGACUCCUGGUUGGAGAUCUGGACCUGAGGGAGCCUUUGUCAGAGUUAAGGUAGAUUUCUUUGGAUGGGCAAUUAUAGGAUAUUUAGCUAGGUAAUAUUUUCUGCCUCUUUCCUACAUUUCCCUCUUUUACUAUCUCUACCCUGCUGUAAUAAAGCUACUAAAACUGCUAACAUACUCAUAGAUUAACUUUAAUUUUUGUAAACAGUGACUACAACAAUUUUUUAACAAUUAUUUUUGUCAAACCCAAUUUUUAACUAUUACACUUGGCAACCAAUUUUAAUUAUUACAAUUCCCUAUAAAUCCUGAGGACAUUGUUUUGAGAGCAGUUCCCCAUCUUCAUUCUCUAAUAAAGGCUUCAUUUCUCUGCUGGAAUCUCA